UUUCCUCUAGGUUCAUUGCUCAGUGUUAAGCAUUGAAUUUGUCAUCCUACAGGGAAGGUUGCAGAAGGGAUAGUCCACUGAAGCAUCUCAGCAGUGUGGGUGAUCACGCACACAGAACCUGGUAAAAGGGAUCCUAGAGGCUGGAGAAUAGGGACACCAAAAUAGUCUCCCAGGAGUGUGAAUGCAGGGAAGAAAAGGAACUGCCUCUGGAUAAGUUUCUCUUCUUCACCUGCUCAGUUACUUUUCUUUUCUAUAGAUCAAGUGGAAGUAAGUGAAUCUUUCUGCUUGUAACAACAUUCCCUGUCUCCUUAAAGAAGAUGCAUCUUAUUCUCAUUAGACUCUUGGUUCAUGCUGUUUGUACAUGUGGAGUCUUGAAAGUGUCCUUUACUGUUAACAAUGGGUCAGUCAUCUUCUUCUGUAUGCUCCGACACAAAGGCUCAUGAUUUGGCCUCCAGCUUUGAGAACUUUUUUAAGGACUACAAGAUGGAAAGCAAAAUCCUCUCUCCUGAAACUAUCACUUUGAUUAAAUCAAAUCUGGAGAAAGGGGAUGUUCAGGGGGCAGCUUCUGUCAUUAGUGAAGCACUGAAAGACAUCGAGAAUGCCCCACUGCAUAUUGCUGUGACAGGUGAGUCUGGGUCAGGAAAAUCUAGUUUCAUCAAUGCCCUGCGGGGGAUUGGGCAUGAAGAAGUAGAUGCGGCUAAUGUUGGAGUGGUGGAGACAACCUCGGAGAAAGCCGGGUAUAAACAUCCAAAGUUUCCCAAAGUAACAAUAUGGGAUCUGCCUGGCAUUGGGACCACUAAAUUCCAGCCAAGGAAGUAUCUGAAAGAAAUGGAAUUUAAUACGUAUGACUUCUUCUUUAUCAUCUGUGCUACACGCUUCAAAGAAAAUGAUUUAGAACUGGCCAAAGCCAUUAAAAAAAUGAAGAAAAAUUUCUACUUUGUUCGAGCCAAGGUGGACAGCGAUUUAUAUAAUAAAAAAAUGAGUCAUCCCAACACCUUCUGUAAGGAUAAAGUUCUAGAAGAGAUUCGAGAUGACUGUCUGAAACAUCUGCAGGAGGCCAAAUUAGAGGACCCUCGAGUAUUCUUAAUCUCCAACCUUAAUAAGUUUGCCUAUGAUUUCCCAAACCUAGAAACGACCCUUCUGAAGGAGCUCCCAGCUCACAAGCGCUACAUCUUCAUGCAGUGCCUGCCCAGUGUUACCGAUGCCGCCAUUGACCGGAAGAGGGAUUUCCUGAAGCAGAAGAUCUGGCUGGAGGCCCUGAAGGCUGGAACAACUGCCACUAUCCCUUUCAUGGGAUUCAUCAGUGAUAAUGAUAUGGAGAAGCUGGAGAAGACCUUAACUGUCUAUAGGUCUUACUUUGGGCUGGAUGAUGCAUCUCUGGAAAACAUGGCCAAGAAAUGGGACUUGUCGGUAGAGGAGCUCAAAGCAAAAAUUAAGUCUCCACAUUUGUUGUUAGUUGAGACGGAUGAUGAGAAGUUAGGGGAAAAACUUUUGAAAUUUGUGGAGAAAGUCUGCUCUAUUAGUGGUGGCCUUCUUGCCACUGGUCUCUACUUUAGAAAGACCUUCUAUUUGCAAAAUUAUUUCCUUGACACUGUGGUAAAUGAUGCUAAGGUUCUUCUUUCAAAAGAGCUUAUUAAGGACCUCGUUGGCUUGGAUCGGCCCAAUUGCUUCUAGAUGUUGGGACUCAAAAUGGGAAAAGUGAGGCAUUCAGCCCCUGACUUAUCCUCAGUGUAUCCAUGAACCGGUGCCUGGAAAAGUGGCCUUGGCCUUCCUUGAAGUAUUCCUUGAAGUGCACUGCCCCCCAGGAGGAUCACAGACAUUUUCAUAAAUACUCCUGAAUCAACCACCACCUGGAUGACUUUCAUUAAAAAAAAAAAAAAAAAAA